AUGCUGCGAAAGCUUGUCGUGGUCUUUCUGGCCACCGGAGCCUACGCUGUCAACGGUUAUGGCCGGCCGGACCUUAGCGAUCUGGAUGACUUCGAUGGCCCGGUGACUCCUACUACACCGACGGCCCCUACUGGCACAGAGACACCAACUACAGCGUCUAUACCGACUUCAUCGGCUGCGCCUGUGUCUCCUGCGCGACCUGUAGAUCCCACUGGUACACCGCGCCCGCUGCGUCCUGUGGUCCGUCCUACAGCCGUGCCCUUCUCUCCAGCGACAGGCCCUGCAAUAUUGGCGCCUGGAGCUGCUGGAAUUGUGCCAUCCGGAUUGCCGGCUGAAGAGUGGAAGCCCUACAGUUUUGGCUACGACAUCACCGAUGAAUUCGGCAAUCGACUGUUCCACAACGAGCAGUCAGACAACAAGAACGCCAGAACCGGUACAUACGGCUACCGCAGCAUCAAUGGCCUCUUCCGCAAAGUGUCAUAUGUGGCUGACGCUGAUGGAUACCGGGCUACCAUUGACACCAACGAGCCUGGCACAGCCUCUGGAGCUAGCGCCGACGCCGUCUUCAAUGCCAAUCCAGUGGCCGCACCACCCACUGCUCCUCGGCCCGGAGGCUACACUAGGCCUGUAUACAGUGGUCCAGCAUACACUCGUCCAGCGUACACUCGUCCUGCAUACACUCGUCCUGCAGCUCCAUUUAACGUUCGCGGCCCUGGACGCCACACGGGCAGCUACGCUGGCGGAUAUGGCGGCGGGUUUGGAGGCCCAUAUGGUGGCGGGUCCGGUGGCGGAUACCGUAGUGACUUCGGCGGGGUUUACAGCGGGGGCUAUGACAGUGGGUACAGCGGUAGUUAUGGUACUGGAUAUGGAAGCCGACCUAUGGGCGGUUAUGCAGGCGGAAACGCUAUUGUAUACCCAGGCAGGUAUCGGGCAGUAUUCGGAAGGGAUAAUAGCGGAGCAUACCGGGGAGCCGCUAGUCCAGGUUUUGGCUACGGCGGCGCUGGCUACAAAGCUGUCUACGGCGGAGCUGGCUACGGAGUUACAUAUAUUGGAACUGGCAAUGAAGCUGGCUACAGAGCUGGCUACACUGAUGCCCAUCGCCGAGGUUAUUUCGGAGCCGGACGUAGCGGUGGAUACGCUUCUUCUUCAGCCUUUCCUGCUGGACAACAUGGAGUGCAUAGUCAUCGCGGAUUUCUUGGCCACCAUGGAUACAGAGGCGGUUAG